UUAUUUGUAUCGGAAAUGUUUUCACUUUAUUGAAGAAAAAAAGUAGCUUUUUAUAUGGAGUUUAAAAAAAAAAAACUAGUUGUAAUAUUGGGUCACCUUCAUAUGCCCUGCAUUGCUUAAAGGGGACACCUGACGUCUCUGACGCACGCACGACCUCCAGUUGAGUAACAUGCGAAAAAAAAAGCGUGAACAAAAAAAACAAAAAAAACUCAGCGUGCGUUUUGCCGGUUCCCACAGAGCCACAGAGCUUUGAGGAGGGAAACGAAGUGAGCGAGUGCGCGGCUGGUGAGACUGUCAGAGCUUCCCACAUUCACAUUCGCCUGUGCGCAAUGGCACCGAGCGCUCCCAUGCUUCCAUCGCUGCGCUGGACGCGAUGACCGGAUAACUUUUACCUCUGCACUGAUGAUGCUUUUCUCGAUGGCAUCCCAUGCGUCCUUUACUGGGAAACUGUAACAGGUCUGCCAAACAUCCAACCUCACAUGUCACCGGGAAGCCUCCAUGGCGAUGUACAGCAGCACAGAGCAGCUCUGGAACGAAUCAGACCACCUCAGAUGGGAAGAGAGAAAUGAGAGCUCGGAGGCAUCAGAGCAGGAUGAACGAAACUACUACGCCAUGCUGUACUCGCUGCUCAUCCUGGCCAUAGUGUUUGGAAAUGUGCUGGUGUGUCUAGCUGUGUUGAGGGAGCGUUCCCUCCAGACCACCACUAACUACCUGGUGGUCAGCCUGGCUGUUGCUGACCUGCUGGUAGCUUCUCUGGUCAUGCCCUGGGCUGUGUACCUGGAGGUGGUCGGCGGUGCCUGGCUUUUCAGCCGGCUCUACUGUAACAUCUUUGUCACGCUAGAUGUGAUGAUGUGCACCGCCAGUAUCCUCAACCUGUGUGCUAUCAGCAUUGACAGGUACACAGCAGUGGUGAUGCCCGUCUUGUACAACACCACCCAUCGCUCCAGGAAGAGAGUUUUUAUGAUGAUUGCCACCGUCUGGGUGCUGGCUUUCGCUGUCUCCUGUCCCCUGUUGUUUGGCUUCAACACUACAGAUGACCCUUUGGUGUGCUCGAUCUCCAACCCUGAAUUUGUGAUCUACUCCUCUGUGGUGUCCUUCUACCUGCCGUUUAUCGUCACUCUUCUGGUCUAUAUCCGCAUCUACGUCUUCCUUAGGAUGCGACGGAAGAGGAUCACCUUCGGCCAGGUCAGCGGGAAGGUGCAGCCAGGCUCGACGCCGCCAUCUGUGGAGACCUGUCUACAGGAGGAGACUCCCAAGGCGAGGCAAGACCUGUCACCCAUCCGAAUUAAAGUGCAGAGUGUGGAGCCUUCAGGUCCAUCCAAGCACAACCUUCUGUCGGGAUGCCUGUGGGGGAAACGCCCAAAGACGGGACCUGUGGAGAACUUUAUGCUGCCCCCGGUGGACAUGCAGAACUGCUGCAGCAUCAGCCACGCUUCCUGCGGACGCACAGAGCUGGAGCUGGACCAGGAGCGACGGGAGGAGGAGGCCGAGGCGCACAACCAGAAUGAAAAGCCUGCCAUCAGGAUGGGCUGCGAGGUGAAGGAUCUGUCCAACGGACGAACACACACGUCCCUGCGGUCGACCCCUUAUUCUCACAACAAUCCACGAUUCAGGAGCAUGCACGCGCGGGAGAAAAAGGCCACACAGAUGCUCGCCAUUGUUCUUGGAGUGUUUCUCAUCUGCUGGCUGCCUUUCUUUGUGACUCACAUUCUGAACACCCACUGCAGGACAUGCUACGUGCCUCCUGGGCUUUAUAGUGCAUUCACCUGGCUGGGGUAUGUCAACAGUGCCCUCAACCCCAUUAUCUACACAACCUUCAACAUCGAGUUCAGACGGGCCUUCAUCAAGAUCCUCAGCUGCUGAUGGAGACAGAGCACCAGGAAAUUAAAAUGGAAAUGAGGCUGUGCACUUGAGCAGCAACUCUCUUUCCAUACAUUUUAUAAACUGUGACCACAGAUGUACGCUGGUAAUGGAUAAGGGAAUUAAAGCUGCUUCACAUCCCAGCUUUACAGAAACAACAGGAUAGCAGACACUUGGUUUUGCAAGAAACACAAACAAACAGGGAUUCUCUUUUUCAAAAAAAGUUUUUGCUCCCUCACUGGGCUGGGAGCCCAUUUGAACAGUAUUACUUUUCAGACAAGACACUUGCAUACAGUCUAAUUAAAAGCACAAGGCGUUGGACCCACUUGUACAAUAUGGGAGCUGUUCAUCUGCACAGGAUUUCCAAAUCAAUGUAUGUUUAGAAGCUCUUUGGAUCACUGGAGCCACAAUGGAGCUUUAAGGCUGAUACAGUAAAUUGAUUGCUUAGCAGUGAGGAACUGCGUCCUCAUGCCCACUGCAACCACAGUGUGUGGAUUAACUGAUGUUUCUCACUUCCCCUGAUCACUCCGCCUCACCAUCAGAGCCGUCAGUAACUCACCAGUGCAUGCACAAAUCAAAUUUCGGAGGGUGCUCCCUUGAAUGUGAGGAAUCGCAUUGGUCUCGGCCAAGAGUCACUCUAUUUUAAGGAUUGUCAUACAUAUAGAUGUGGAGACAUUUUGCUCAAUGUGGAUUCAUAGAAAAAUGUAACAUUUUUGAUGUAAUGCAGAGUGAAAAUCCUCUGUGUAUUUUAAAGGGACUGUCUGAUUAUUGGCAUCCCCCCCAUUCAUGAUAUAAAGCUGGCUACUGGCAGUUCUGGUGAGCAGAUGAAAAAAGGAGCUUUGUGGUCUUAACAAAUCAAGUUGGAUUGUAAACCAUGCAGGUCGUCAUUGAGAGAGUUGUAAAUAAAAUAAAAAAAGAUUAAAUGUUUUACAAGCUUGAGAUCAUCCAUCUAUACAUGUACUGUGGCACACAGCUUAUGUUAGCAUGUGUGCUUCUAAAUGUUUUGACCAAAAGUGUCAGUGGGCUUUCUGGGAGGAACAAUACAGGGACUAAGCUGAGCGAACAGGAUAUUUUGAGAUUUAGAGACCGAAAAAAAAGAGGCGGAAAACAGAGGCACAGAACCAGGAGAGAAAAACAGGACGAGAUAAAGGAUGAUGGGAGAGCUGGUAAAGAGUGAAGCCUAACAGAUGAGAAAUGGAGAGACAGAGCAAGGAUCAAAGAUGACUGCAGAUGGAUUGAUAAAAGCUGCAAAAAAAAAAAAAAAAAAAUGAAAGGAGGAGCAGGGUAGGGGUUGUCAGUCAUUCUCAGCCUGCUUCUCAAGCUCUCUUAUUUCUCUGAGAGGCAUAAACACCUGCUCCCCCUGACACUCUGUGCCAUUACGUCAACUCGGCCUCGUUCCACUGAAGAUGCUUAAGGAAAUGAUGUACCAGGUGUGUUUGUGAGAGUGAAACCUUUCAGUCCUGAUCAUUGUAUAGCUCCAUAAAUCGUAAAAAUCAAUAAUAGUUUUAUUCCUUCACUAAAAACUCUAUUUUUAAAAAAAAACCACACUGAUUAUAAUAGAAGCAUAUUAACAGGGGUGUCAUCAGGACAAAAGAUGCUGACGUCGAGAUUUCACGGUGAUCAGAAGAGACGCUCGCUCAUCUGUCCCUUAAUUGGAUUUGAAUAAGAAUUAAUUUGAUUAUGGAUCUCAUUGAGGGUGUUGAAGCUGCACAGCUGUGCACACAUGUCUCUAUAUUAUUUCCAGUCAUUCAAAUACACUAAUUAAAGUCACUCAUUCACCUCAUACUGUAAAUUAUCUGCAUAUGAGUUGAAGGCCCCACAGGCUUUGGGCUCUCCUGUAGG